AUGGCUCCUAAACGUAACCCACACGCGAGGCAAGAUGGUGAGCCACUCAACGAGUGGGCCGAGCUUCGUAGAACUCUUGUUACGAUGCAAGAGAAUAUCCAGGCUACUAUUGCUAACUCAAUCCAUGAGUUAACAGAAACUGUUCUACAUCAUCAGUUCCAAGGCGAUUCGGAGGAUGAUGUAUCGGAACAGAGUCAUGUAAAUCCUUUUUCGCAAAACAGAGCUCGAGGUCAUCGCAAUCACAAAGAGUUUCGCGAUAAUGAACAAGAGGAUCGACGUUGGGAAUCAGGAUUUCGUUUGGACCUUCCUGAAUUCCAUGGUAGUGUUCGUGGAGAGGAAUUAUUGGAUUGGCUUGUAGCUGUGGAAGAGCUGCUGGAAUUCAAACAAGUGCCACCAGACCGUCAAGUCGCCUUGGUAGCUACCAAGUUUCGCGGUCGGGCAGCCUCGUGGUGGUUGUAG